AUGGCUUUCAAGGCAACGAAAAAUUUGCGAUUCAUGGUGACUCAAUUGGGUGGAGCUGGAACACGUUCAUUUACUACCUUCACCACUCCAAAAAUGAAACCUAUGUCCACAACCUUAGAUGCUGCACAUAAUACUCAUUCAACUUCUAGGUUGGGCUCAUUGAAGGCAGAGUUAACACCAGUGUACAUUGUGUGUGGAAUGGUGGGUGUGGCUGUGAUCUUUGCAUCACACACUGCCUAUCAACAAUUGGCACGUUCUCCAACUGUUCAUGUGAACAAGAAAAGAAGAGAAUCAUUGCCUGAAGUUUUUGAUCCUGAUAGAACUAUCAACUCUGCUGAUAAAUUCAUCAAUGGCAACUUCUUUAGGAAAAUCACUCAUAUUCAAGACAGCAAACCCACUGUCCACGAUCCUGUCCACCCUAAUCCAUUCACCCGUGCUCGAACCGCCGAGACGUUGAAGUCGGUCGGCGUGGAGCCGGGCAGGCGCUGA